AAUAUCUAAAACAAAGUUUAGUUAGCUUCCCUUUAGAAAAUACAAAAAGUUAGAGAUGACGACACUUCUUCUUCCUCAACCAAACCGUAUCCACAAGCCACCACUAGUACCAAACCAACGCCUCAGAAAACCGUACAGAUUACCAGUGAUCUCCGCCGUAUCCGGUCAGCAGCUAGUAACUUCCGGCGAGGUCCGGACGGUGGAGCCGAGAGAAGCGAAAACAUUGGUAUCGUCGGAGGGAUACGUGCUGUUAGACGUGCGGCCAGCUUGGGAAAGAGAAAAGGCACAUGUGAAAGGAUCACUACACGUGCCACUGUUCGUGGAGGAUCCAGACAAUGGGCCGAUCACGCUGCUGAAGAAGUGGAUCCAUUUGGGAUAUAUUGGGCUUUGGACGGGCCAGAGAUUCACCAUGUUUAAUGACCAGUUUACCCUCCGUGUUGUAGAGGCUUUCCCGGACAAAGUGCUUGUCGCGUGCGGUGAAGGACUCAGGUCAUUGAUGGCGAUAUCUAAGCUGCACAGAGAAGGUUACAAAAGCUUAGGAUGGUUAACCGGAGGGUUUAACAGAGCAAACGAAGGAGAUUUUCUAGAGGUCGAAGGACCAGAAGAGCUUAAGUUUGCAACUAUAGGUGGCGCAUCAUACUAUUUCCUCAAAUUACUUGUAUUGUUGCAGAGCUUUGGCAAAGAGAACCGUUGAAUUUCAUUCAAUAAGAGAAAAAAAAUUGAAAUAAAAUGUGUCCGGUUUAUUUAGUUGAACCGCUUAAGGCGCCGUUUUAAUUGUUUUACUAGAUGAUUUUUCCGUGCACAUGCACGAAUAUAAAUAUUUAUAAAGCAAAUGUAAAAUAAUUGAUUGUUAUUUGUUUUUAAUUUUAAAUUAAUUUAUAAAUUGUAUCUAUAAUUUCUAUUAAUAAUAUUAUAUUACUUUA